AUUGAAUUUUUUAGGGGGCGCUGCGACUAUUACGGUUUGCGGUUUGUUUGUGAUGAACGCGGGUGAAAUUCAAAAUUUUGAACUAGCAAACUUUUUCUAAAUUAAAAUAUAAAUAAGAAAACAUGAAUACAAGUUUGAGAAGAAAGGUCAAGAAGAGGCCUGUUGUAGUUCACAGACCAAAGAAAGUUGUGAAUACUCAUGAGAAGAGUCUUCAUCGAUCAAUGCUUUCACAUUCUUACAAUGUUUCAAGCUACAAAAUGAAAAUAAAUGCUCUUCUUAGUAACAACAGAGCUCUUGCACAAGCUCUUGAAAGUGCAAACAUUCAAUUGUCUAAUCGAGCACAAGCUAAUUUUGAAUUACAACGACGAUUAACAUUACAGUCUCCAAAGAUAUUUAAGACAAAACUUCAAAAAGUUUGUGAACAUCUUCAAAUUAUAGUUGGCCUUUUACAAGAAGUUAUGGAAGAAUGUGACAGUUAUAAGCCUAAUCUUAAUGAUCAACUUAUUAUUAGAGAUGAAAAAUCUUUAAGAAAAGGAAAUGAUGAAAUAAAUAAUGAAAAUAUUGAUGUAUCAUCUGUUAAUGAAACUCCUCGUUGGGGAAAUCAACAAAUGCUUAAAGUUAUAAGACCAUCUGAAAUGCCAGCAAUUGUAGAGCAGCCUGAAAUGAUAAUGGAUAAUAAAUGUCAAACUUCAUUAAAUCCAGAACUGUCUGCAGGUAACUAAUUCAGUUUUUAUUUUUAAAGUAGAGAAUUAAUUUGUAAUGUACCAGGGAAAUGCUAAGAAAUAUCUGAAUUAAAAAAAGAAAUUAAUGGAAUGUUGGAAGUAUUUAUAUGAUAUGGAGUAUUUAUAUUAAAUAGUCUGUUUGA